UCCUGCAAUAUUCACCUGUGUAAAUGCAUAGAAACCGUUAAGUCCGUCGGACAGAUUUUAUACUUGCAUUUACUCGCCCUGAGACUCUCAUAGCCAUAUAUCUGACGCCUUUGCACCGCAGGAUCGGGCACAAGGUGACAGUGUUCAGGUGUCUGGCGUUUGCGUACCGGAUAUUCAGUCUCCUCCCUAUCCACGCACUUCCAUUAACAAAGGUGGGCCUAAGUGUAAGAAACUAAAAUACGGUGGUUUUAGAUCUUCAGAUGACCGAUUUGUCUCUGUUGACAAACGUAUUUCUUACAAUGACGUUACAUCCACUGCCCAGUAACUGAGCUAUUGAGUGCGGACAUUAACGCGGCAUUUUAGUUAAAGUAAAUGCGCCAGCUGUUUGGGUCUCCUCUAGCUAACUAACGUGAUGCAGACUUAAAGGAUCGCUUUGUGGAUCGCCUGCUUGGUAGAUGAUCUCCAUGGACCAGCUGGCUAAACCACUCAGCUGAACUUUGGACGGAGCGCGUCGCCAUGCGGCUCUUACGGUCCCUGCUGAGCAGCUGCUCCCUUGGGAAGCAUGUCGAUUACUACUCCAGGUUUUCCCCGUCGCCGUUGUCUAUGAAGCAGUUUUUAGAUUUCGGCUCGGAAAAUGCCUGCGAGAGGACUUCGUUUGUAUUCCUGAGACAGGAACUGCCUGUCAGACUCGCAAACAUCAUGAAGGAAAUAAACUUACUGCCAGACAAUUUAUUAAAGACACCAUCUGUUCGUUUGGUCCAGAGCUGGUAUAUGCGAAGUUUUGACGAGAUCCUCGACUUUAAGGACAAAAAUGCCGAUGAUGACAGAGUCAUUUAUGAUUUCACGGACGCGGUGAUAAAGAUCCGGAACCGGCAUAACGACGUGGUCCCUACCAUGGCCCAGGGAGUAGUGGAGUACAAAGAGCUACACGGCAUCGACCCGGUCACCAGCCAGAACGUGCAGUACUUCCUGGAUCGUUUCUAUAUGAGCCGUAUAUCCAUUCGGAUGCUUCUGAACCAGCACACUCUGCUCUUUGGUGGGACGGUCAGGGCCAACCCAGCUCACCCGAAACAGAUAGGAAGCAUUGAUCCGCACUGUCGGGUCACAGAGGUGGUGCAAGAUGCCUAUGAAAGCGCCAAGCGCCUCUGCGAUCUUUAUUAUAUGAACUCGCCGGAGCUGAUGCUGGAAGAAUGCAAUGCCAAAGAAAAAGGAAGACCUGUAACGGUGGUGUAUGUUCCCUCCCACCUGUACCAUAUGAUAUUUGAGCUUUUUAAGAAUGCCAUGAGGGCCACCAUGGAGCUGUACGGCGAUGCCCUGAAUUAUCCCCCAAUCCACGUCAAGGUGGCACUUGGCAGUGAAGAUCUCACUAUAAAGGUGAAGGACCGUGGAGGGGGCGUGGCCUUAAGGAAGAUUGACAGGCUGUUCACCUACACCUAUUCCACAGCCCCCCUACCCCACACGGACACUGCCCGGGGAGCCCCACUGGCUGGCUAUGGCUAUGGCCUUCCCAUCUCUCGCUUGUACGCCAGGUACUUCCAGGGAGACCUGAAGCUGUAUUCUCUGGAAGGAUAUGGGACAGAUGCUGUCGUGUACAUCCGGGCGCUGUCCACAGAGUCGAUAGAGAGGCUUCCUGUGUACAACAAAUCUGCCUGGAGACACUACAACACAACACAUGACAAUGAUGAUUGGUGCACGCCCAAGACGGAGCCCAAGGGCGUCACAUUCUAGAUUGGGGUCCACUUCUGAGACUGGCUGUGGCGAGUAGGACAGUGAAUUUGCCUGCUGGAGGUCAUUAAUGUGUGGAAAAUUUACAGCAUUUACCCUUUAAAUCCUCAGGGUUUUUUUGUUCUUGGAAUUAAAAUAGGUUGUAGUCACACAAUUGAAAUGAUGGAUUGAAUUUGUCUGUUAAUGACUAUUCUGUUAAGCUCUCGUCAGAUGGGCUUCAAAAAGCUGGCUUAAACUACUUUUAUAAAUGUGUAGUUUUAUGCUAUGUGGUUUUUCUUUAAUGUUUAUGAAACUGUAUAUUAACAGAUAAUGGUAAUUUUUCUGCCUGGUGAGCUGUUUCCAGUCAAACCAUUGUUCUCCCUGUUAAGAGGUGGGAUGGAAGCUUCGAGAAUUAGCAGAGGACUUUCAGCAGAACUUGCAAAAGAAGUAUGACUUCGUACAAUCUGUGUGUUACAAAGGGUAUAGGCUGCUGUACAACUGGCACUACUUCUGAAAAGCUGGUGUUACUGUAAAAUGCUGAUUUUUCUUGACAUGUUGCAUACUGGCUACUGAAGGUGGGAUGGGCCGAUGCCCAUCCUGUCACUGCGCCCUUAACAGUAUUUAUUUCCCCUCAUUUAAAAAUCAGGUGCAUGGAGGAACAUGGAAACAUCAGUUACCUGUAGCUCAAAAGACAAGCAGUAUUGUUAGGCGGUGGAAUGUGCCUGUUCCUUUCAGUGUGAUGUAUUAAACCUCAUAGGUGGCAAAUGCAUUAUUUUGGCAGUUUUUUAUUUUAAGAUAUAAAGUGUUUCCACCGCGGCA